UUCGGUAUCUAUGGUAACGUGAGCAGAGACCUUAGGAAUGUCACAUGAUUGAUGACGCGUGGCCAACCUCCUCUGGUGAGUUGCAUGCCCUCUUCUCUGUAUACGCCCUUGAUGAUACCAUCUACGUCUGUAGUUUUGUGACUUUCCUGCAAAUAAUAUUAGUGCAUCUCUUUUCUAGUGAUGGCUAAACCUAUCGUUUCCCAUUCUGGCUAUGGAAUUGGUAAGAACGAUGUACGCUUUAUGCGUGUUCGUAGAGAUGGUGACCGUUACUAUGUAACUGAGCUUUGGGUGAGUACGGAACUCCAGCUGUCGACAGUUGGAGAUUACGAGAGGGGAGAUAAUAGUGGCAUUGUGGCCACUGACUCACAGAAGAACACUGUGCUGGUCUUGGCCAAGCAGAACGAGAUCACCUCACCGGAGCAGUUUGCUAUGCUGAUAUGCAGCCAUUUCCUCGGCACAUGCAAACAGCUCAUUCGGUGCAAGGUAUCUAUAGAGCAAGCUCCUUGGCAGAGAAUAAAGCAGGGAGGAGCGGAGCAUUCGCAUGCAUUCAUAUCUCAGCCAUCAGCCAUCAGGUUCUGCACUGUGUCGCAGUUGAGAGGAGGAGCCCUCAAAGUUAGUGGUGGGAUGAAGGAUGUCAAGGUGCUUAAGACGACACAAUCAGGCUUCGAAGGCACUAUUGACCAUGUACUUCCUGAGACGAGUAACAGAACGUUCUGCACUAAUUUGAGCCUCAAGUACGACUUUAGGGAAGAUGUGCACGGAGUGGACUUCAACGGCACUUGGGAGACUGUCAAGAGCUCACUGUUGGAUGUGUUUGCCGGGUACUCUCAUUCUGUGCAGAACAUGAUGUACGACACGGCCAAGGUGGUGUUUGCACGAGUGCCAAAAAUCAAUGAUGUUGAGAUUCGCAUGCCCAACAUCCACUACUACGUAGCGGACUUGUUAAAACUGCCCAACAGUGGAGAGCUCCUCAACAACCCUCAAGGAAUGAUCAGUGCGACCUUCUCCCGACCUCUUCAAGCAAAACUAUGAUUAUAUAUAUGCACUCCGAACUGCACAUUUCCGCACGCAUAAUUUGUAUGUGUACAAUCAUGUGUGUGUCCAAUUUUUGCAUAUUUAACUGUCAUAUAACCUGUGAUUACAGCUAUGCAUAAAAUUAA